CAGCAUUUGUGCAACUCGACUCCAUCUUCCUCCCUCUCUCGCGCUCCUCCUGGCCAAAACUGCCGCGCUCCUCUCGUGCGCUUCAUUCAGAUGGAUAACUCCAGGAACAUGGCUAUGCCAAACACUUCACUUUUACUGUUUGUUCUUCAAAUGUGCACUCUUGCUUGGCAAGCUUGGGCACUAGUGGAUCUGAGGAUGGAGGACACUGUAGAGGUUUACAUGGAUGAGUCUGCAGAAAUCCCCUGCCUGUAUAACUUCACCGAGCAGCCCAUGAUGGUCAUGAUCCAGUGGUUCGUGCAGGAACGUGAGGGUCACCGGGUCCGAAUCUCAUUCAGCGAUCUGACCAUGCAGAAGGUGGAUGAAGACACGAGCUACAGCGAUCGUAUCAGUGUGCAAUCAAACAGUGAUGGAGAAACUCUGACCAUUCAGGAUGUUAAGCUGUCUGAUGAAAGAGAGUUUUUCUGUCAGGUCAGUGGAUUGUCAGCAGGCAGUGCAGAGGGCAAGACUCUCUUGAAGGUUUUUGACCCUCCAGAGCCUCCCGUCAUUGAAGGUGUUCUGUCAGGAGUUUCUGUGUCUGGUGAAUCCCCAGCUAAGGUUGCGUCUUGUGAGACCAGGGAAGGUUUUCCCAAGCCGAACAUCACAUGGUACCGUGAUCACAUCCCCAUCCACCCGACUAGUGGCUUGGCGAACAUGGUAACUCUACUGACGAAGGAAUCCAGUGGUCUAUAUACAGUGCAGAGUGAGUUGCAUUAUAAGGUGACCAAGGAAGACAAAGACGCCCACUUUUCCUGUGAAGUUAGCUAUUUUGUCCCAGGAGCUGUCAGGACAUCCGAGUCCAAAGGCAUCAAUAUUACAGUUCACUACCCCACGACCAGCGUGGAGAUAUGGAAAGAAUCGCCCGAGGGCUUGGUCAAAGAGGGGGACACAGUGGAGCUCCGUUGUCAAGGCGAUGGGAACCCCCCAGCACCCAUCAUUUUCAACCGAGAACAAUCAGACGUGGAGCUGGAUUCCUCUCAGGGGGUGCUGGUCCUGAAGGAAGUGUCUCGGGCAGAUAGUGGUGUGUAUGAAUGUCACUCUCUGGGCUUGGAUGCUGUGAACCAUGACGAGGUGCUGGACACCCUUCAGCUCACUGUGAACUAUCUGGACCCAGCUGUGGUGGUGCCCAAAGACUCGGAGGUUAUGCUGAAAGGAGAGAGUCUGACAGCCACCUGCAAUGCCCUGUCGUCUUUAGAGACCUCCACUGUGUGGUUUAAGGACGGGGUUGAGGUUGGGAGAGGACACAUAAUGCAGCUGCAGGAUGCCACGUUUGACACAGCUGGACAAUAUGACUGUGAGGUGACUGUACCGUCUCUUCCAGGCCUGCUGACCAGCGGUUUUGUCCAUAUCAUUGUACAGGGCGUGCCUCAGAUGAAGGAUGCGGAGAGAGAGAUUGAGCUGACGGAGAAGGUAGGGGGUUGGGUGAAUUUGAGCUGUGAGGUGAGAGGUUACCCCAGACCCGUCAUCACCUGGAGCAUCACCGGCAGUCAGUCUCAGAGCUGGCGUGAGGUUGUUAAAGGAGAAAUGGAGGACCAAGUCUACAGCGUUGUGAUGCUUAAGGUCACCACUGACACUGUUGCUGUCUGCAAUUCAACAAACGACUUCGGAAUAGAGACCAAGACUUACAGCAUCAGGAGCAUUCCAUUCCCCCAGACUCCAACAGCUAGAAAAACUUCAGUUGAUAAUAGUGGAGUGAUUAUUGUGGUGAUUAUUGUCAGCAUCCUGUUGCUGGCCAUCCUGGGCAGUGUCUUCUACUUCCUGUAUAAAAAGGGCAAGUUACCCUGUGGACGAUCAGGCAAGCAAGACAUCAUUAAUGCCUACAGCACCAAGGAGAAGACUAACAAAGAUGACAUCGUCGUAGAGAUGAAGGCAAAAAAGAUAGAGGAGUCUGUGCUACUGAAGGGCGUCAACGGGGAACAGAAACCUCCCAAUGACCAGAACAGCACCCUUAGCUCAUAAGCGGUGACUUGUGGGACACUAAAGAUGGCGUCUAUACCUCCCUGCUGACCCAACAAUCAAGUCUUAAGAGCUGGAGGACCUCUUGUGGAGCAGCCACCUCCUCUGGAUAAAGUGGACUGGACUUUUGUAUCUUGUGUGAGAGCAGCAGUAUUCAUGCUUGGAUAAAUGGGACAUAAGCGAUAAAGGAAGAUUGUUCUCUAUUUUCUACUGUUCUUCAUUGUUUUUCUUCAACCAUCGACCAAUUUCAAGACCAAGAGUUUCAUCCUUUAAACACAAGCAAAAUGAAUUUCUGAGUAAAAACAUUCUUACACUCUGUGUGCACCAUGUUGCAUCCAAAAUCAAUAGAGCGUUGCAGGGAUUACAUAUGUUUGUAGGCCAAAAUCUGGAAUUGAGUUUCCAGUUCCAUCAUUCUUUUGGAUAAUUGUCUGAAAAAAGGUCUGUGGUUAAUGCAAGCUGAGGAUAUUAUCCCAGUUUAUUCUAUGACAUAAAAUAUGGUAAUCCAGACGUCUCUUUUGUCCAGGAAACCAGGAUGAUGCUUACUUCCGGGUUGGCCUACAAAAAUAUAUCAUCGCAAGCUGUUGGAACAGGCAUGAUGCUGCAUGAAUUAAAUGAUUACUUCACUUCCAGAAUAAACAUUUCCUGAUAAUUUACUCACCCCCAUGUCAUGCAAGAUGUUCAUGAGUUUUCUUUAUUCAGUCGAAAAGAAAUGAAAGUUUUUGAGGAAAACAUUCAAGGAUUUCUAGGUGAGCCAAGGGGUUGAAGGUUUAAGAGGGCUCUACAUGAUCUCAGCCGGGUCUUAUCUAGUGAAACCCUCAAUCAGUUACUGCAAAAACAAAUGUAUGUACUUUUUAACCACAAAUGCUCUGCGAUUGGAAAGGUCAUGCAUGGUUAGUUCUUGGUCUGUGUACUUCAGUUUAAAAAGGCAGGGCAAAUACACAUGUUCCAAUGUGAGGUGUGUAUUUGCAUGAAGUCGAGCUAGAGCAAGAUGAGCAUUUGUGAACACAAAUUUUUGUAUUUGUUAUUUUUUUAAUGAAAAUGUUUGACUAGACAAGACACGUCUUCCUUGGCUGGGAUUGUUUAGAGCCCUUUGAAGCUGCAGUGAAACGGCAAGUUGGACCUUCAACCCAAUGGCCACCAUUGAAGUCAACUAUAUGGAGAAAAAUCCUGAAAUGAUUUCCUCAGAAACCUUACUUUCUUUUCGACUGAGGAAAGAUAGACAUGAACAUCUUGGAUGACACUGGGGUGAGUAAAUUAUCAGGAAUUUUUUAUUCUGCAAGUGAUCUAAUCCUUUAAUGCACUGAUUUAAAUGUGACCAUUAUGUAAAAAUGGUUUUACUAAAGAAUUCAUUCUGCUUGUUUCUCAAAUUAGGCUUAAUGUCCUUUUUAGACCACAAAAAUGUAUAUAUUAUAAAUAUGUUUAGCGAUAGAUCCUACUUGUGACCUUAUUUGUUCUAGCUGUGCUUUUCUAAGCUCUGUUCAGAAAAUAUUUUAGAUUUCCGGUUUUGGCAUAAUGCUGCAGAAAGCUUAUUUAGUUUUUUUAUUUUUUAUUCAAUGAACAAAAAAAGUAGAUUUUGUUUUAUAUGUACAGAACAAUUAGUCGUCUCCUGAUUUUCCGGUAAACCCCAAUGGACCAAAUAAUAAAUGUAAGUUCAGUUUCAAAGGCAGUUAAUUAAAAACCCCACAUUAAGACACUGAGAAUAACAACUUUGAAGGCUUCAUAAACACAGCCCUUCACGAUAUUAAGGAACCCCAUCCAACUUGGAUAAACGUAUAAACAUGACCCCGGGAUUCAGUCAGUUAUACUUAGCUGACACUUAAUAGUGUGUGUACGGUCCAACUCAAACUACUGCAGAGCUCAUGUACUGUUUGUAAAUAGUCGUAGGGAAGGAAAUUGUAGCUCUUUGUGUUUUGACUGCUGAGGGGAAUUGCAGCUCCCUCUGUUUCUGCCUCAACUGCAGUGCCUGCGGAAAUGUGUCUUCAUUUCACAUCAAUGCUAGUUACACUGAAACCUUUGUGCUGUCUUGUUUGUUUUGUGCAUGUUUUUGUAUUUGGUGAAGGGAAAGUUUUGUUGUUUUCAGAAAUGCCAUGAAUAAUAAUACCUUUUAUAAAGAGAAGCAGUGCAUUUAAAAACUUAAGGCUCCUUUACAUUUGCCACUUUUUCAGAUUUCGAAAAGCUCAUUUUUUUUUUUUUUUUCAUUCAUGUGAUUUGAUCUAGUGUGAAGCUUUUUCUUGUUUAAUGUUGUUGAAAGUGGCUUUGGCUAUUACUUUUGUAAAUUAAAGACAUGACACACGUUAUCUACAUCAGUGCUUGAGGACGCUGAACUGUGCCUGAACGACGCUAUAACCAUGAUCAUGCAUUCUUUUAGUCUCAAGUUGUGUUAUGCUUAUAUUCCAUUGAAAAAUCUAAAAAAGUAAGCUGAUUUUGUCCAUUCUUGUUUUCAGCUUUUCUUCUACAAGUCAUGUUCACAGCCUUUGUGUUUAUCGAAGUAUAACAGAAACACAGGUAGCUUUUUUGUAGUUUAAUAAACUUUCAUUGUCUAAAUAUUAGUGUGAGUCAUUUGAGACUGUCAGAACACUGUCCAACCACUGCAUACUACACUGGCACCUUUUCCCUGCCUGUCCUUGUGAGCAAAUUAUGUUGUAAUAGCACAAAUUAUCAUUCUCAUUGUAGAUUGUUCGCAAACACAGUCACGCAGUGUUUAAUGUUUGAUUUCACUUACAGUUGAAAAUUAAGUACUUGUGGUAUGCGUUUGAUGCUUGCAUUUUUUCUAUCAUAUUUGGCCAAAAAAUAAAAAUAAUCUACAUUUA